UUUUCUUCUGCGUGAUUAUCGCGAAUGGUAGACUGGCAGUGAACGACUGAACUUACUGGAGGAUAUUCGCGAAAAUAAUAUAAUGUGUUCUUAAACAUAAAAUAACAAUACACAUUAUUUACAACCUUGUGCUGCUCUAGCUGAAAGAUGCUAUCUUCUUUGCUCAGGAUUCUCCCUUUCCAAGCCCUUCUCAUCUUGCUAAGCAGUUCUUCAGUUAGCUGCACUGCACCCAAAACUCAGCACUCGUGUGACAAAAUUAACCUUAUUGAGAGUUCGGCUGGGCAGAUCUUUAGCCCUCUCAGACACUAUGGCAAUGGAAAUAUUUCAUACCCAUCCAGAGUAAACUGUGCAUGGUACAUCAAAAUCCAACCAGGUUCUGUCAUCACAUUAAGUUUCUCUACAUUUGAUCUGGAGGAGGGAAGGCACCUUUGUAGUGCCAAACCCUGUUGUGGUGAUACAUGGCUCUCGAUCUUGAGCAUUCCUUCACAUUCUGCACAGCUUGUUUCCAUGCCAUUCAAUUUUCCUGUUCAAGACACAGUCAAUUUUCUGUACUGUGGUUCCUUGGCGCUACCUCCAUUAGUUUUCUCUGGUUCUGGACUGAUUUUGACUUUUAAAACGGGCGACAUAAUUACAGGAGGCAAAGGUUUCGUCCUCGAUUUUACAAUUGAUAAACCAAUGAGAAAUUAUUGUGAGGACGAUCACUUCCACUGCAGCAAUGGCAAAUGUAUUCUCAAAACUUGGUUGUGCAAUGGCUGGGACGAAUGUGGAGACUCUUCCGACGAGCAAAACUGCACGGUCGCAUGCAAAACAGGUUAUUCUCAUUGCAGUUCAAACAGUUCCCUUUGCUACGACUUCAUCCACGGUCGAUGUAAUGGGAUCCUCGAUUGCCCCGGUGGAGAGGACGAACAAGCGUGUGCCUUAACCUGCGGAAAUCAACUUCCUUGCCGGACACGAGGCGGUUGCUACAGAUCGGCUCAGCGCUGUGACGGAGUGAACGACUGUCCAGACGGUUCUGACGAAGAAGGUUGCGAUGCGGCACUUUGUGGGCCACAUCGUGACGGUUUUCUUUGUCGUAAUCGACACUGUGUGACGGCUUCGGCCCGUUGCGAUGGAAUCAAAGAUUGUGGCGAUUUUAGUGACGAAGAGACCUGCAUGAAAGUAAAACCAAAUAAAAUGUCUGUCAUCACGGCAGUCAUUCUGGGCUCUUUGAUUUGCGGCCUUUUACUUGUUAUUGCUGCCGGAUGUGGAUUGCGGUUGUACCACUUGAGAGUAGCCCUAGAGCAACGAUGGUCGACCAUUCGCCUUCAACAGCGCACCGUCCAUAGUCAAGAUUUUGACGAGUUCGGACACAGAAGACCAGUGAUGGGCAGAUUACCACCACCCAGCUACGCCCAAGCAACGGGUGCCGUGGAUCUUUCCUCGUCAUCACGGACCAUUUCUUCACCGGGCACUUGCGUUCCAUCCCAGCGUCAAAGACAAUCGAAUCGUGUCCGCCGUCCUGCUCCGCCGUUACCCGAACCGCCAAUGCCUUUACCAUUACGGCUCUCUACGUCCGGUCCGUCCAGUGUUGAAGUGGAAUUACGUGCACAGUUGCCUCCUAAUGACAUUACUGAUCCAUUACCGCAACCAUCUCAGCCAUCCUCUCAUUUGGCUGCUGGGAGUUUCUUGGCCCGCCUAGUGAGGCGAGUCUGGAGAAAAGAUUUAUCGUCCAAUGGCGGUGGUGGAUCUGGUGAUGGCGUGUCUUUCUCUCCUUCGUCGCCCAGCUCAUCCAGCCUCCCUGAUGCUCAGGGUUCCAUUGCACAAGAUUUGCACAUCAAUAGUGGUAGUGGUGCGACAAAUACCAGUCGGACCGCCUAUCAUCUUUCUGCCUUCAUUGCGCCCAAUCGACGUUCAGAUGAUAUUGACGACGCGGGAGACGACGAUGAAGACGACGUUGACACGGAACCUCUCAUCGAGUCUCAUAGUCCCUAACUGUCCGUCAUAAUGAUCUUUGUACAUUUUGUCAGCCAACUAUCAAAGAAAUAUCAUAUUUAAUCUCAUUUAUCGAAGGGGAAAAAAGGGGAAAAUCAUAUCAUAAAGAGAAAAGAAAGUAAAAAUAUCAAGAAAAAAUCUUGGCCAUCAUCCACAAUGAGCGAAAACAAAACUCUAAAAAUAAUAUCAAGCUCCUUGGGAGAAAACCUGCUUUAAAUAAUAAGAGUAAGCUAGGGUAUGGAACCAAAUAUUUUAGCUUGUUUUAAGCCCUUCUUAUUGGUAAGCCUGUUGUAUGUCUGUGUACAAUCUGUGCAUGUGUGUGAGCGUGUAUGCGUGCUAAAAUGUACAGCCUUAUUUUUAAAUAAGAUGAAUUUUUAUGUUAGUCGAAAUUCCCUCUUGUUUUCCUUCUGUGCAUUAUACUUAAAAAACAAACGAUAUGGAUUGGAGUAACCUUGGACAAUAAAAUUUUUAUGUUUUGUCGCUAUAAAA